AUGGCAGUGUCCUUUUGCGGAAGAAAAAUCGCUUUAACUCGGCGGAAUUUCUUGAAAAUCCCAAAGCGACACGGAUAUAUAGUCCUACUUCCAGAGAUAGGCGAGGAAUCGUUAGAGAAAAAUCCAUUGCUAAAGGAUAAUAAUUUGCCAGAAUUUGACACAAUUACAAUUGAAAAAUGCACAGCUGCUAUUGGCAGACAAACUGUGGAGUUUGAAGAAAAAAUGAAAACUUUGGAAAAAGAUGUACAAACAAAAGCAGACUCGGAUGUAUUUAACGAUUGGUUACACCCAAUUGAAGACACGUAUCUUCCUUUGGAGACCACAUGGGGCAUAGCGAAAACUCUGUAUUUUGGCAAUCAAAGUCUAAUGCCAACCAAAUGUUACAUGGGCAUUCAUGACCGCGCUACAAAGGCUGCGGCCAGCAAAUUUGGCAGCGCGCCGCUUUACAGAGCAUGUAAGGAAGCUUUGGACAAUAAGGAUAUUAAAUUAACGCAUUCGCAGAAACGAGUGCUGAGCAAGUAUGUGCUAGAGGGAACCUUGAAUGGUCUUGCUCUGCAACCUGAAGAGUUUAGCAAGUACAUCGACGAUUUGAACUAUAUCCUACUCAAAACUAAGGAGUACAAGGCCAAGUACGAGGGUGCAACAGGUGCAUAUAAAUUGCUCAUACAAAACAAGCUUGUCGUGGAGGACUUUCCGGAGGAUGUUCUCAGAUCGAUCGCGGCCAAUCCCGCGCAGCCCUUUGCAGGUCCUUGGACAAUUACGAUGAAACCGUACGUCUUGAACCCAUUUAUGGAGUAUUGUCCUGACCGCAAGCUGAGAGCAACGGUGUGGGAUGCCGAUGUCACUCGAUGCGGCAUUUACCAAGAAAGAUCCGUUCAAAGCAGCGUGACGUUGGAGGAACUCCGAGACAGGAGGAUCACACAGGCGCAACGUUUGGGAUACAAGCACUUUGCGGAAAUGAGUAUGGAGACGAAGAUGGCCGGGAAUUUGGAUAAUUUGCAAAGUACACUGGAAGUCCUUCGGAACACUGCACUACCCGCUCAAAAGCAAGAAAUUGCCAGCUUAACCGAUUUUGCGAGGGAGAGAGACUUUGAGGACACUACUAUAAGAAUGUGGGAUGUGGCGUACUGGAGUAGAAAGCAACGUCGUAGCAUUUACAACUACGACGAGGCAGAAUGGAGAUCGUAUUUCCCGCUGCCGACCGUCCUGUCAGGUCUCUUCGAGCACAUCGAGAUGCUGUUCAACGUGAAAUUCGUUGAGAAUGAGAAAGCGGACAUCUGGCAUAAGGAUGUCCGGUUCUUCGACGUGUUCGACUUGAAGCAAUCCAGCGUGGCGCCUAUCGCGAAUUUCUAUCUGGAUCCCUACGCCAGAGGCACGGACAAGUUCCGCAAGGAGCGUGACUCGGGAUGGGUGUCGACGAUUAAGAGCAAGAGCAAGAUUGGCAACAGCGCUCCGUUAAUCGCCAUGAUAUUCAAUUUCCCUCCACCGAUAAACGACCAACCCUCUCUGCUCUCCUUCGAGGACGUCAAGAUUCUAUUCCAGAAGUUCGGACAUGCCCUGCAACAUCUGCUAACCACGGUUGAAUACUCGGACAUCAGCGGACUGUCAUUUGUGGAAUGGGACGCCGUAUUUAUAUGCGACUACUUUAUGGAGAACUGGUUGUACGAGCCGUUUAUGUUGCAAAAAAUCUCGUCGCAUUACGAAACGAAGCAGCCGCUGCCUCUGGAGACGAUUGAGAAUAUUAAAAGGAUGAGAUCGCACCUCGCCGGAUACAAACUGUGCAGGGAACUUUACUUGUCGCAGUUGGAUUUGGAGCUGCAUUCCAGCGAGACAUUCUGGGUGCCAAUGGUGAAGAAACUGUGGCCAAAGUAUUUCGUGUUACCUCUCGAGAAGAGGGACGUUCACGUCUGUAAUUUCGAGAGUAUAUGGAGCGGCAAUUGGGCGGCCGCGUAUUUCAGCAAGGUCUGGUCGGAGAUGAUUGCCGCCGAUUUGUACACGGCGUUUCAGGAAACUCGAUCCGACAAUUCGCAGCAGAAAGAAAUUGGUGCAAGAUUCCGCAAUACGUUCUUGUCCCUGGGUGGAAGUUACCCUACCGCCGAAGUCUUCAGGAAGUUCAGAGGCAGGGAUCCGAGCCCGCAAGCGUUGCUCAAUAAUCUUGGAUUAAUGGAAGCAACAAAAGAGGUCAAAUAAUACAAUCGUGUGACUAGAUAGCCUUCCUAGAGCCAUGAAGAGAAUGAUAAGUUUUGUAUAGUGAACUUUGAGAGAAAAAGAGAGAGAAAACAAGAGAGAUGUAAAAUGAUUUAUGAGUUAUGUAAUAAAUUAUUACC